UUACACGGAAUCUACGGAUGAAUCGUCAGAUACAGUUAUUACCUAUAUACAUACAUUUUCGGAUAGACAGAUAAUGUUGUUUAUGAUUAAAUGGAAUAGAAAAAUCAACCGUCAGUUUUAUCCAAACCUCUGAGAUGCCAACGCCACAUCGCACUAAAGAAAUCUGUCGAGCCGUAAGGCUGAAGUCAACGCAGGUCUUCAUUGUGGCCGGAACCAUUUUGGUAACAGUCUUAGUGACAUUACUCUGCAUUGGCCUCACUACGCGCUACGAGGUGGAGAACGAGGUGGCCAAUGUGGCGGAUGUGGAUUACUGGAAGGACAGGGUAUCCGCUGUGCAGAAAGUCUGGUACGACAAGGGCAUUGCCGAGCUAAACGAAGCCCUGCGAAAGCCAAGGGGUCCGCUGUUCCCAAAAAACGUUCAGAUAUUUAUGGUCCAGGGCGUAGAUGGUGGCGAUUUGGCGGCUAAUAGAUUCCCAGUAAUUAGUGGCAAUAGCCAGGGCAAUACCAACUUUGUUUGGGACACAUUCUCCCAUGUGGCUCGAUUGAAAAAUAGCUGCAGUCAGCAGUCACCCUGCCAGGUGGGAAGCGUUUCGCGAGCUUUCUGGACGGGAAUACCUCUGGAUGUGUCACUUGAAAGGGAGUCGGAUUGUUGGAUAGCCGAUAAUCAGACUGAUAACAUUCUGAGCGUUCUGCGUCAGGCACAGCUGGCUGGAUUGCGAACGGGCUUUGUGACCAACCAAAGGAUUACAGGCGCAACAGGAGCUGCCCUCUACGGAAACAGCAAAUAUGAGUGCGAUGAGAGGAUGCCAAUGGGAUCGAUUCAGAUGGGAUGUCAGGACAUUGCCCGCCAAUUGAUUUCUGGGGAAACCGGAAAGUCCCUGAAUGUGAUCAUGGGAGGUGGUCGGCAAAUGCUGAAUAGUCUUGUGCCGAAAACUAAAUGGGAUCCGGUGGACGAAUUGCUCUGCGAGUCAAGUGACGGCCGCAACCUUCUGAAGGAGUGGAGAUCCCAGAAACUCAGGCAUAGUAAAAUCAAACCUAUCAAAUUCGAAGUAGUUCAGAGAACCGAUGAACUAGAGUCCUUGAAUGCCACUAUUUUCGACUACUUAAUGGGUGUAUUCGCGAAUGGCGAUUUGAGUGCAAAUUUAAAGGCUCCCAGUCUUGGUUUAAUGGUGGAAAAAUCUUUGAAAGUUCUAAAAAGAAAAGAGCAAAAAUACUUUCUUCUUGUGGAAAUGUUUGUUAAAUCUGGGAUGGAUAAGCGACACCAACUUAAACUUCUAAAUGAGACUUUGAGCAAUCUUCGACCAGAGGAGGAUACACUUACUUUAGUCCUUAUGACCAAUGCCAUCUAUCCUAAACCUACUCUGGAUGUCAGCGAGGAAACGGAGACAAUCAGCCAUUUGCCAGAUUUCUUCGGAGAAGAUGAAAAAGAAAUCCAAAGAAGGCUUCAUCAAAUGCCAACGGAGAGUUUGAUUUUUGCCCAGGGACCUAAAUCUUCUCUAUUUUACGGAGUUCAAAAAGAGACCUUUUUGGCGCAUUCUAUGGCUUAUGUUCUAAGCAGAACCCAGGAUGGUUAAUUAGUUCCUCAGAUGAAUCUUCUUCAUCCCCAAAAGUACUUUUUAAAAACUCCCCAAUACAAAAACUCCAACCCCAAUAAGUGCCUUGUUCUUAAUUUUUUAAUUGAAGUAUUAAACUUUAACUAGAGAUCGUU